UAGAGGCUCUGAAGGCCUCUCUAAAAACUCAUGACUGGCAGGGAUAACUUUUCACAAUUAUUUAAAUUUUUUAUUGUGAUAGAUCAAAACUUAAAAAUGAAAAUGAAAGUUUUGAUUACACAUUUUGUUGAGGAUGAAGAACUUCGAGGUUGGUUUCCUCAUGGCUCGUACCGGUCUCAGGGUCAGUAAAGGGCCUCAGGAUGUCUGGAACAGGUUACCCCAACCCUCCUCCUCUUCCUCCUACCCCCCUCCCCCCAUAUAUGGCAUCCUCUCCCCUCCGAUCUCCUCGUGAUUCUCCCAGGAGUUCUCCUAGAACCCCUAGAACAAACAGAGCUGCUGAAGUCAGAAUACAGAGUAAACAAAGGAGCCUCUCAAUGACCGAGGUUACAAAAUCUCCGUCCAGAUCCAAGGUUGACCUCACGAGGUCACCCUCAAGGUCGAAACAAGACCUUCAGAGGUCAAGUCCGAAGAGGAGUUUGAAAUCACAACCUAAGAAAGAUGAAGACAUAGGUCCCCAGGUGUAUGUUGAUUUACCCAAGCUGCCCCUACCUCCACUUAAACAGACCAUGGACCAAUAUUUGGAUAACCUCAAACCAAUCUUGAAUGAGGCGGAUCUCGAAAAAGUUAAAGCAGAAGUUGAGGAAUGGAUGAAGGAGGGAGGGGUGGGGGAGAAGGUACACGCCCACCUACACCAGAAGAGAGAGGAGCUGGAUAACUGGGCGUAUCAAUAUUGGCUUCGGGAUAUGUAUAUGGAUAUAAGAAUUCCUAUACCCGUCAAUGUGAACCCUGGAAUGGUUUUCCCAAGACUAGAUUUCAGGAGUACCGAUGAAACUCUAUCCUGGACGAGCAGGAUGGUUCGAAAUCUGAUACCCCAGGAUAAAGCAGCUACAAGAGAGAAGGGUCAACCUCUGUGCAUGGCUCAAUAUUUCAGAUUGAUGACAACGUAUCGUCGGCCAGGGUUAAGCCAGGACUCUCAGAUCUCUAGUGGGGUAGAGGAGAAGGAAGAAGAGCAUAUUCUAGUCGGGAGAAGAGGAACUUGGUAUCAUAUUCCAGUCAAACACAAUGGAAAGUGGAAAAGCUUGGAGGACAUCUACUCCAGUCUAAUGGACGUUUGGGAGAACUCUGAGAACUCUGCUGUACUUGCUCUAGAGGAUAGAGUCGGAGUCAUGAGCGCAGGAGACAGGGAUAGCUGGGGAGCAAGCUACGCAGUGCUAGAAGAGGACCCUGAGAAUAAGAAGAACUUGGAGCUGGUUGCUAACAGUCUCUUCUUGGUCUGUUUAGACGAGGAAACUCAGAAUAAAAGUGACGCACACAGGAGUAUGAAGGAUAUGUUUAGGCAGAUGUUGACUGGGGCAGGUUCAAGGUAUAAUGCAACAAACAGAUGGUUCGAUAAAACUCUUCAACUCGUUGUGACCGGAGACGGUGUAUGUGGUGUAUGUUAUGAACACUCAGCAUCAGAAGGAAUAGUUCCAGUUGUUAUACUUGAAGAUAUUAUUAAGAGGGUAGGAACUAGCUGGAAGUCUAGUAUAGCCUACCAUCCCUCCAGUUCAAAUUUUACUAAACUUUCUUGGAAUCUAACUCCUCAACUUAAACUAGAUAUCAACAAAGCAAUACAGGUUAUAGAUUCUCUGAAUGAUGAAAAUGACCUAGAGGUUUUUAGGUUUCAAGAGUACGGAAAAGAUUUUAUAAAAAGCUCCAGAUGUAGUCCGGAUGCCUGGCUUCAACUUUCCCUGCAGUUAACUAUAUAUCGUCUGUACGGAUAUAUAGUUCCAACAUAUGAAAGUGCUUCCACAAGAAGAUUUCAACUGGGAAGAGUGGAUUGUAUCAGGGCCUCCCAUCCUGAAGGACUAUCCUGGUGUCAGGAUAUGAUGAUGGAAACUAAAACAAAAGAAGAAAAAAGAAAAAGUUUUGAAACUGCCAUUAAAAAACAAACAAAAGUAAUGAUAGAAAAUAUCCUUGGUUAUGGAAUGGAUAUCCCUUUAUUAGGUCUUCGGGAAGGCACAAAAGAAUUGGGAUUGUGGGAUAAACAAGGAUUAUUUAAAGAUCCAGCUUUUGAUAAACUUAAUCAAUUCCUUCUCUCAACAAGUCAGGUUCCAAUCAGCCUGGAUCCUGCAUUUAUGGGAUAUGGAGCUGUAGUUCCUGAUGGAUAUGGAGUCUCAUACAAUCCUUACUCGUCCAGCAUAAUCUUCUGUAUCUGCAGUUUCUACAGCAGUCCACUCACAAACAGUCGUAACUUCGCAACUCAACUACAGAGGUCUCUGCUGGACAUGAAACAGCUGUUCGUGAAAGGAGAUGGAAGAAAAUGAACGAAAUGUGGCUCACACACACACAAAAAAAUUAUUUUAGCUCACACAAAUUUAGUAUUUAUGACAUUGUUAGACAAUUUAGAUUUCAUAUUAUGGGUUAAAACAAUUCCAGAUUAGUCAGUUGCAAAAUACAUGUUUUGACUCUAAAUACUCGCGGGUAUAAUUUAUAAUUACAAAAACUUAUUAUUAAAAUGAGACGAUCGUUUUGAAAUUUGGUGUUGAUGUUGGUCCAAACGAUAAAAAAGUAAAAUAAAACAGGUUCUACAGUUUAUACUUAUUUCCUUAUUUUUUGAAAAGGCUAUUUCUACUUUGAAAUUAGAAACCAUAGCUCAGUCAUAUAUCAAACUAUUGCUAACGUUUCGUUAAAAGAAAUAAAAUAACCGAGGGGGGCUUUUUCCUUCUUUUUAUGAGCUUUUUUCUUUUAAAAUAUCACUAGAUGAAUAACCUAUAGCUUAAUGAAAACUCAAUUCCGGAAUUUGUACAUUCACGUUUCCUCUAAUUCUCUCUUCUGCUCUGAAUUUAAUUACAACUUCAUUUAAACUGUCAUUUUCCUGUUCUUCCGAGAUCUCAAUUAAUCAUUACUUUUUAAAUGUCAAUGAUUCUGAGUUCUGACUUAAUUAGUAGAUUUCAGCCUUUAAUUGUUAUCUUUAUCCAGGGGGGGGGGAAGGGGGGGGGGUUACACCAUUCCCUCCCAUUUCUUUUCCAUAACCUUGAAAGAGCUUGCACUGGAGCAAUCAAACUUCUUUAAUUCUCCAAAACUUUUUCCCUAUUUGAGCCACAGAUCAUAAUAUUUACAUAUGUUAAAGUCCUUAAAUGCACACUGAAUUGAAACAUAGUGAAAAUGUCACUAAACAGUGGAUACUGGACACUAAACAUUGUACACUGGACAAUAAACAGUUGAUACUGGACACUAAACUUUAUCCACUGGACACUAAAUAGUGGAUACUGCAGACACUAAACAGUGGAUACUGGACAAUAAACAGUGGACACUGGAAAAUAAACAGUGGAUACUGGACAAUAAACAGUGGAUACUGAACACUAAACAGUGGAUACUGGACACUAAACAGUGGACACUGGACACUAGACAGUGGAUACUGGACA